AUGGUGAGGGAACGUCGGAAAUGGACACAACAGGAAGAUUCGCUCCUGCAUGCAGCGGUCCAGAAAGCCCUCACGGAAUCCAAACCACUACUUUGGCGGAAAAUCGCCGAAGCCGUCCCGGGCCGCACGAAUAAAGAUUGUCGUCGACGCUGGUCCAAUUCCCUCAAUGUUGAUUUCUCUAAGGGCCCCUGGAGUGAAUCUGAAGAUGAGCGCCUGUGGAAUGCGGUGCGCAAGAAUGGGACCCAAUGGAGCCGAGUCUCAGAGGCUGUGAGGACGAGAAAUUCCGAUCAAUGUUCGAGCCAUUGGAGCCAGACACUGAACCCAGAAAUAGAUUAUAGUGAUUGGACGGGAAAAGAAGAUGAAUGGCUGAUGCUUGGCGUGCAACAACAUGGCACGAAUUGGACUUCAAUUGUUGCAGAUUAUUUACCUCAUCGGACUUCACUUGCUCUGAAAAACCGCUAUGCGUCACUACGUGGAAAGCUUAAAAAAGCGACGACGACGAAGACAAUCGACGACUCGCGAGCGAUCAAUUCUUUCAAAUUGCCGCUUGUGUUUUCAAUAGAGGGACGCGGCACGGAAGCCGUCACCAUCGCCAACAACAGCUCUGAGAGUAGUAGUUUCUCAGACGAUGAAGAUUAUGAAGAUGAGAAUGACGGAGAAGGUCAUGCGUCACCACCACACGAGAAUUCACAGGCCACUCGCGUUAUCAGCCAUCAACAGCAACAGCAACAGCAACAGCAGCAGCAGCAGCAGCAGAACUGUCAAAUAUGCUAG